UAUGCUGCGUAGCUGGUCUUAAAACCGCGGCCACUCACGCUAAGGGAACGACUUGGGUCCACCGAGACGUGCGAAAGACAGUCCAUCGUACUGCGAACACGCCACAGCGAAAAGAGAGCGCUUCGCCGCGCAGGGCCAGCAUGUGCCGAGCCCCCGAUUUCACCACGCAACAAGCCAAACCAACAGAGGCGGUGGCCAAGGCCGCCCCCGCGCCGAGCGAUGACGACGCGGCGAGCGCGCGGAAGACCGUGGAAGCGUUACCCCCGAGCCACGCCGACGCCGCCCGCCGGACGACGGUAUGGGACUCGACGAUGGGCCUCACGGCCACCUUGAUCCUCUGGCCGUUGAUCCUAUCCGUGCCUCUGGUAUUACAGCAUACCUAUCGAGACGUGUUUGACGAGGCCUGGUACGACUAUAGUGAAGGGCCGAAACCGCUCGGCCUCUGUCUAGGGUUGCUCGCGGUGGCCGUGGGCCAGGUUUUUGUCUUGUGCUACCAAUAUUUGAGGUGGACGGGGUCCAAGUACACGGGUCGGUUGGUGCCCGUGCAGCCGAACGAGUAUCGCGUGUACGACUAUGCCGAGGCGGCCCAAGAGCACCUGUCGCAGCCCGAGGGCUUCGCGCUGAUCGGCGGCUACCUGACGCUAACCUGGAUGCUCCACCUCAUGCCUUCGUCCUAUUACAGUUUCGAGGGCGGCGUCGAAUGGAUUAAAGUUGCGGCAUGCUUACUGCUCCAGGAUCUGUUGCAGUACGGCAUGCAUCGAGCGGAACAUAAGGUCUCGAAAGCGUUCUAUCGCGCGUCGCACGAGCCCCACCACGACUUCACGAACCCCAGACUUUUUGAUGCUUUUAACGGCUCUUUUGCAGAUACGUUCUUCAUGAUCGUGCUCCCGCUGUUCACGACCAAAUCCAUAGUCCACUGCAACGUCUGGAGCUACAUGGCCUUCGGGACGCUCUACGCGAACUGGCUCUGCCUCAUCCACUCGGAAACGCACCACCCCUGGGACUGGCUGUUCCAGGCCGUGGGCAUGGGGACGGCGGCGGACCACCACGUGCACCACAAGCUGUUCAGCUACAAUUAUGGGCACCUCUUCUCGUACUGGGACCGGGUGUGCGGGACGUACCGCCAUCCGAAAAACGUGCGCCAGUUCCGCUCCAAUAAUAAGGCGCCGACGCGGUGGAAGCCGCACGCGCGGACGAAGGUCGAGUGAUCCCCCCUGUUUGUACCGUGUGCGUAAGACACACAAUCAUA